AUGUCGUCAGCUACAGCGUCUCCUGACCGGUACAAGCUCGUUUUCUUCGUUCCACCCAGCGAUCUUGAAGCCUGCAAAGAAGCUAUCUUCGCAACAGGCGCGGGUUCGUUCCCCGGGGGCAAGUACACGAAAUGCUGUUUUCAGACCAAUGGAACAGGUCAAUUUCUUCCUAGUCAAGACGCGAAUCCAGCGAUUGGCUCGGUCGGAACUCUAGAGCAUUGUGAGGAGGUGAAGGCGGAGAUCAUGUGUCUAGGCCGAGAGGUGAUGCUGGAUGCAGUGCAGGCUCUGGUAAAGGCGCAUCCAUAUGAAGAGGUUGCGUAUGAGGUGUAUCGCAUGGAGGAUGUGUAG